AUGUCUAAGAGAAGAACUGAUUUCCUGAAGAAAGUUCUAGAGAGGCGUGCCCAGCUGGAAUCAGAUGAAAUCGCUCUUCACAAGACCAUGGUACCUCACGUGCGUAGGGUAAUGAAGGGGAAGAAGCUCCUCCUCCUGAAGUCCCUCUUGGUCGAGUAUGGGUACGACGAUCCUGGCGUGAUGAACGAGCUCAUUUCUGGCGCCCCUAUGACUGGUACUCAGAGAGUGCCACCCUGCGCAGAGAGGCGAAUCAAGCUGGCCUCCUCUACCAAGGAGAUCUUGGAGGCGGAGGCCAAGUGGCGCACUCAGGCCAUCCUGCGAAGACAGACCCCCGAAGAGGACAAGGUUACGGCCGAUCUGGGCAGAUCCGAUUGGCUGGUUAACCCGAGGUUCGUGCUGUGUCAAGGCAGUAAAGCAAAACCCCGCGUCAUCGACGAUGCCAAAUCAUCCGGUCUCAACGACACCUACUCCUCGGGUGAGAGGCUGCGGCUACAGGACAUUGACUACGUGGCUCUUAUGUGCUUGCAAGCUGGUCGCAUGUCCUCGAAGCCGUUGGUCAGUGUUGCUCUCAGUACUGGCGAAAUCUUGACCGGAAAGGCCGCUAUCACAAACCCUUCCUGGUUGGGCCGAACAUUGGACCUCAGAAAAGCCUACAAACAAAUGGCGGUGGUUGCCAGCGACAGACAUCUCAUGGUCCUCACGCAAGAGGGCCCGAAUGGCCGGCUGUUCUACAUCUCCGAUGCCCUCCCCUUUCAAGCACGGGGAAGCGUGUUCUCCUUCCUCCGCACUUCGAGAGCCUUGUCCUUCUUGAUGAAUGUGGGCAUGAUGAUCCCAGGAGCGGUUUUCUUUGACGACUUUCCGUCCAUCACCGAGACUUCUUCAGCUGGUUCUGCCUUUGACGGGCCGCGCACGCUGCUAGAUGCGCUCGGAUGGCUGUAUGCGGAGGACACGGAUAAAUGUAAACCUUUUGGCUCGUGCUUUGAUGUGCUGGGCUGCCGUCUGGACCUCACUCAUCUCACAUCAGGAAACCUUGUCCUGGCAAACCGUGAGGGCCGUCUGGAAAGCGCACAGUCCAUGGUUGAGAGGAUGAAGUCUGAAGACAACCCUCGCAGCUUGAUUCCUGUGGUUCAGGGGCAUUUGAACUUCGCCUCAGGAUUCGUCAUGGGACGUGCGCUUCAGAUAGCCCGAUCCUUGUCGUGGAGGCAGGAUCCGAGCCAGUUCGCCGAACUCUGUGACUCCAUUUUGGCCACACUGGGCAAAUGCAAACCCCGUUCGCUAUCCUGGCACUCGCCGCGUCAUCCCAUCCUCUUAUUUACGGAUGCUGCCAAAGAGGAUGGCGUCGCGGGGAUAGGAGCCGUGCUUGUGGACACCUUGGGUGGAAAGCCUGAGGUGUAUGAUGAUGAUGGCGAGAUACCUGCGGAUCUGAUCCAACAUUGGCAGGCGACGGGACAGCAGCAGGUAAUAAGCCAGGCCGAAUUGGCCGUUGUUGUUGCCAUGCGCCAUAUGCUCAAGGAGAGGCUGUCAGGUCGCAGGGUUAUGUAUUUCAUUGACAAUGAGGCGGCCAAAUUUUCUUUAUUGAAGGGCACGAGUGGGAAAGAGGCCAUGCAACAGCUGACUGCGGCUUUCCAUGCUGUUGACUUAGCUUUCCCUUCUAUCGCAUGGGUUGAACGGAUCCCUAGUGAAUCCAACCCUUCCGACGCUCCUUCAAGGGGAAGAUCAAGCGAGUGUGUCAAGGCACUUUCGGGAGUUUACUCGGGAAAGAUUGGCGUGCCUGAGGAAGUGCUCCGAGCGAUUAAAUCGUCUGUGGGGCCAGCGACUUCCAACGCAAGGCUAACGCUGCCUUUCGACUCUCUUGUCUUGUUGCCAAGCCUCGCUGCCUAA